UAUUUCUUCUACUCCUCCCGUGAUACUAGUUGAGUAGAGUGUAAACUAUAAAGCACCCACUAACACAACUCGCAUUUUUUAAAAUCAUUGCUUUAUCAAACUACAAUACCACCUUGCCUCGAUAUCAUAAACUCCAGAUUUGAAUCAAGAACUCUCUUUCAUCUCUCCCAAUCUCUCUCAUGUACACACAGAGAGAUUGUACUUUCCACAGUCAACCCUUUCAACUGUCCACUCCACGUUGAUGCUUACAGAACAUCAUUAUUUUCAUUUUACCCCCUCAUUUUCAAAAUUUACUCUUUCUCCCCACUUUAUACUACUCAUCAUUCUUUUCUUCUUAAAGUGUUGCUCUUAAAGCCACAGAAACAAGAAAAAAAAGUUGAGUUAUUGAACUAUGGCUCAUCAUCAUCCUGAUCAUAAGCACAAGCAUUUACGAGAGCUGCUGAGAGAAGAUCAAGAGCCGUUUUUACUACACAAACACAUUGCUGACAAACGUUGUCAGCUCAAAACCACUUCAUUACAACUUCGGAAACACAACUUGUUUAUCAACCAAACGUCGUCGUCUUCGAAGCAUGUCUCGUUUCUCUGUAGAAAAGCUUGUUUCUUAUCUUUCACCGACUCGCCGGACUUCAAGAAAUCGCCGUUCCCCUCGCCGGCUAAAAGCCCGUGUGCACGUUUUCUUCACAUCCCAGCUAAAACGGCUGCCAUGCUUCUAGAAGCUGCUAUGAAGAUCCAGUCAACCAAGCCCAAAGCCCAGGCCCAACACAUCGGUUUUAACCUCUUCGGAUCCUUCUUCAAGCGACUCAGAAAUAAAAACAAGGCCAGGAAACGUGAAAUCUGUGUGAAUGAUGCCUCUACACCUUCAGUUGAAGCAAAUGCUGUUGUUUCUUCAAGUAAAAACAUUGAGGAAGUUAGUGAAGAUACUAGACGGGUCAGUAGUGCGGGCUGGUCUGAAAGUAAUGAAGGCAAGUCUUUGGACAUGGAGUCUUGUUCCACUACUUCAAGAUCUGAUUGUUCGAGCCCAACAUCAAGCCCAUUUCAUUUUGCUCUUCAGCGGACCCUCACUCCUGAUAUCUUAUCUCCGGUCACUUCUCCGGUUAGCCAUAAAAAGGAUAAUAAUCACGAAGAGGAAAGUUUACAGAAAAUUCCAGUUGGAGAGGAAGAACGAGAUCAAUGCAGUCCAGUAUCUGUAUUGGACCCACCGUUCGAAGACGAUGAUGAACUAAACAGAGAGGAGGAAGAUGAAGAAGAGGAUAGUGAUUUUGAUGUUGAGAGCAGCUAUGCAAUCGUGCAAAGAGCCAAGCUGCAGCUUUUGCACAAGCUUCGUAGGUUUGAGAGACUGGCAGAGUUGGAUCCUGUUGAACUUGAGAAAAGAAUGUUGGAAGAUGUAGAAGAAGCUGAUGAUGAUGAUAAUGAAGAGGAAUUUGAUUAUGUUAACGACUUAGGAUCGUCAUUGGAUAUUCAGGAAAAUCUUGAUGAGGUUGUUAGAGAAGUGUUAAGCAGAUCAAAUCAGUAUAAUCAGAACAAGAUUUCCUCAGACGUUAGACGGCUUCUCUUGGACCUUAUUGCUGAAGAGAGAAAGAGUGAACCGGACAAUACCAGUGAAGCAUUGGUGAGCAGUGUGUGCAAGAGGUUGAAUGCAUGGAAAGAAGUGGAAUCUAACACCAUUGAUAUGAUGGUCGAAUUGGACUUCAGAAAAGAACUAGAUGGUUGGACGCGAUAUGAGGAGGAAGUACGAGACCGGGCAAGGGAUAUUGAGCUAGCAAUCUUCGAGUUAUUGGUUGAGGAGUUGGUUUCUUAUUAAAAUUUGCGGAAACAGGAAGCUUCAUGAAAUUUUGUAUCAGUCCUAAUACCAGUCCAGUCUAGUUGAGUAUUGUAAUUUUUAUCGGGGACCAGUUUGAGUUUUGUAUACUCGCGAGAGCUGGGUUCAUUAGCACGAUGACCAAGUUGUAUCUUGCGAGUUACUCUGGUAGCAACAUGGUUAUGCAUAUGUAUGAUUUAUAGAAAAAGAGGGGGUGGUAUAUAUGCGUAUUUAUCUUUUUCAA